AUGGUGUUUCCAAAAUUAUCCAACAGUAAUGGUUAUCCUUUAAUGGUAAUGACCAUGUUAAUAUUGUUUCCAAUUAAUAAAUUAUCGGCAACAAAUUCCAGGAAGAAUAUAGAAACCAUUGAAUAUCCGUCAUCAUUUUGGUCAGUUAAACAUAAUCUAAGAUUCAACGAGAAUGAGAGUAAAAUUUAUGAAUAUUCGGGUGACACAGGUAAAAGAGAUGAGAGUGAUGAUCAUAAUAACAAUAAUCGACAAUUAAAUGUCGGCUUAUUACCUAAAAAACGAAGUCCACUUUGUAUCGAUGAGUUUAUUUUCUGUGCCUCAUCAUUAACAUGUUUGGAUAUUGUUUGUGUUGAGAGUUUAACUAAACAGAUUGACUAUUGUACUUCAGGAACAAUUUACUGCCCAGAAACCGACGAGUGUCUCACCGUUUGUCCUCCAUCCAAUGGUCAAGAAGGUCCAAUAAUUGUUGGGACUUUAGAUCCAGUUGAUUAUAAUUUAACCGAUACUUUGGACGAUGAACCUUCGGAUAAUUUUCCAGAAGACGAGGGAAAUGUUACCGAGGUGAUGGUUGUUGUUUCAAUGGUUCUUGUAUUUAAAGCUGAUUAUUCAAUUGUUGUUGGUAAUCAGUCAAGUGAAUUUAUUGAAUUAUUGAGAAAACAAUUAACUCAAUUAACUGGUCUUCCUGAUAGUUCAAUUCAAAAUGUAAUCAUUAUACCAGAUACAUUUAAAGUUACCUUUGAUUUGGUCUAUUGGCCUGAAGAAAGUGAAACCGCUAAUGUGACAUCAUCUGAUUUCCAAGCAAUUGUUGAUAAAAUUGAAAGUGAAUUAAGUUCAACUGGAAUUAAUUUCAAUGAUUUUAAAGGUGAGAUAAUUGUUGCUGUUAAAGAUUUUGUACCAAAGGUUGAAGAGCAAGAACAGCAAAAACAAGAGACAUCAACCCAACCCUCAUCGUCCAUUAAUCCAGAGGCUGCAGAAAAUUCUGGAUCCAAAGAUGAUUACAGUUUAACCUUAAUCUUAAGUCUUACCGUUGGUGCUGUUAUUUUAAUUCUAAUUACAAUUGUUGGUAUAAUUUAUAGUCGAAAGGCCAACAAUCGUAAACUAAGAAAGGUCACACCUUUCACCCAAAUGAAAAAUGGCCAAUUGGGAUUAACCCCUUUAUCUCAACCUAACAAUGGAAACCAACGUUUAUUUACUGGUAAUCACGAGGACAAUUUACUUACGCGAUCUGAUGACGAUGAUAAUGGCUCAUUGUACCUGUCGAAUCAAUUUAAUCACAAUGAACUAAUCAAUGGAUUGCGAAUACCAAAUGCAGCAAUUUAUGUUCCACCAGGUGAACAAGACUUGAAAUCAACACCAAAAUCAAUCACCAAUAGAGUUUAUAUUUACUUGAAUUCAUUUCGAUUUCACUAAACAGUCUCGAUAUCGACCAAGAAAAAAAAACACUGAACUGGACAUAGAAACACUUUCAAAACAUAAAAGACAUUCAACUCUCUGAAUACACGAGUUUUUAUAUCGACGAUUUCGAUUGACUACCUUAAUCUUUUCGCUUAAAGGAUUAGUUUAAACCAAUCACCAUCUUAAUCCACUUUACCUUUCAGGUAGAUUGAAAUGGAAGCAAAUUUGACUAUUCUAAUAUGCUCUUUGCCAUGAGCUCUAAUUUAAUUAUCAUUUCAUAUCUUCUUCUUCACAAGUAAAUUGUCUUCGGACAAUCAAGUAAGAGCAUUGAAAUUUGGUAUUAGUUGAAAGAAACAAUGUUGAUUUGGAGUUGAAAGAAAGUAACAAAUUAUAACCAAUUAAUGUCAAUAAAUCAUUUCCUUUAUUGUUUUACUAAUGAUUAAGCGAUUAAUUACUUUUUUUUAUUGUUCUUUUCUCGCCUAAAUUGUAGGUUUGGAUCAACAAAGGUUUAAGCUGAGUUUUUAGCUUGGGAACUGUGGAGUUUGUCGCAAACCUUGUUGAUUGCGUCGAAAGCAAAUUGGUUG